AUGCCGCCGUGCGCGCCGUGCGGGUCGCCGAACACCGCGGCGAUGUGCCGCGUCGCGAAGCGCAGCGCGCGCGACGCGGGACGCGCGCUGGCGGCGAGGCUGCGCCGCGGCGCCGCCGCCGCCGCGCGAAAAGCGGCGAAAUCGCGAGGAGGGAACGCCGCCGACGCGGCGAGGAGAGCGCGGUCUCGAGCGGCGGCGUCGACAUGCACGGCGAAGGAGGACGCGAUGAAGGAGGCGAAGGCGAAGGCGAAGGAGGAGAGGGAGAGGGAGAGGGAAGACGCGGCCGCGCGAGCUGAGGCGUCGAAAGCCGCGGCGGCGGCGGCGACGCGCGUGGCCUCAACGUCCGGCGCGCGCGCGCGCGCGCGCACGCCGCCGCCGCGCGCGGCGCGAAGCGCGACGGCGAAGAAGCAGAGCGACGGCGACGACCGCGCGACGCCAAACGCCGCCGCCGCGGCGGCGGCGAUCGCUCGACGCGGGUUUGGCGCGGACGCGUCGAACGCGGUCGCCGUCGCCGCCGCGCCGUCGCCCGCGCGACUCGCCGCGCGGUGA